AUGUCCGAACGCGCUGCUCUAUCUGCUCGUGCCAUUCCUUUCAUGGAGCUUUCAAAUGGCACAGAUGCUUCACUGACCGCUCCACCGCCGCCAUUGCCACACUAUCUGAAUGCAGAGGGAAGAGCAAUGGCUCGCUUUGCCGUUGAGGGAAAUGCUGUCAUCACCGGAGGAGCCGGUACGCUCGCCCUAGCAGCAGCACGAGCACUUCUGGAACACGGACUGGCCAAUAUUUUCCUCUUCGACCUUCGAUCCACCUUCGACACUUCCGCUGAAGCGAUAGAUGCUCUGCAAAACGAGUUUCCGUCCUCAAAGGUCAGAAUCGAACCUGUCGACGUCACCGAUGCUGGAAAUGUAGAUCGUGCUUUCGCCGCCGUAGCAGCUAGAGGCUCCAUUGACAUUCUGCUUUGUUUCGCUGGUGUGGUCGGUUGUUUGCAUGCAAUUGAGAUGACUCCAGAGCAAUGGCGUCGCACUAUCGAUAUCAACACCACUGGUUCAUUCCUUUGUGCUCAAGCAGCAGCAAAGCACAUGCAGACCCAAGGCACUGGAGGCAGUAUCGUGUUUACAGCAUCUAUCUCCGGCCACCGUGUCAACUUCCCACAACCGCAAGUUGCGUAUAAUGUCAGCAAAGCUGCUGUUAUUGCUAUGAAAGACUCUCUGGCUGCUGAGUGGGCGAGGUACGGUAUUAGAGUCAACUCGAUCAGUCCUGGGUAUAUGGAUACGGUGUUGAAUGAGGGCGCUGGACUUGAGGAAGCGAGGAAUAUCUGGGCGAAUAGAAAUCCGAUGGGGAGGAUGGGCGCGGUAGGGGAGUUGGAUGGGGUUGUGGUGUUGUUGUGUUCGAGGGCGGGAUCGUAUAUCAAUGGUGCCGAUUUUGUGGUCGAUGGUGGUGCGACUGUUUUCUAG